GGGAAUAGUGCAAGAGAAACAGAGAGAAAGGUUCGUCCCAGCGCUGUAAUCCAUGUAAAUGCCGACUUGUUAUUAAAUGAGUGCGUGGGUGCCUGGUGUUGAUACGAAGGCGUAUUAAUACGGUGGAGCGUGCCCAUAAACUGCGUGACAUAGGAGGUCACCUACAGGAAAGUAUAGAUAUCGGCUCUGGUUUAGCAUUACUUCCGUUUUGAUGCACGCAGCUCCAUUAAAACGAAAUAACGAGUACUAAUAACUCAUUCAUUAAAACGCACAGGGAUUUCCAAACAUAAAAAAAACUUGUUGGAAGUAUAUUCCUUAACGUCUUAGAAGAACUGCUGCCAAAUAAGACAAAACAUGUUGAAAACAAGUUGGAUUCACAUAACCGCAGUCUUAAUUCUUGGCCUACUAUUAGCACAAACAGGUUUAUCAUUUGCGAAAUCCCUAGGUGUGAACGAGGACUCGUGGCUUCAGGAUGUUGAAAAGAGAAACUCUUGGUGGAGUAAGAAAUCAGUAAAUGAGUACGGGCCAGUUGAACAAGAUGAUUAUUAUAAAAAUCACGACUUAACGUCUAAAGGAACAGGCCUGACAACCCGAAGCUCCACAGAACUAUAUAGUUGCUAUGUGGAGACGUGUGUGCCUGACUUUAUAUCCUGUGCAAAAAGGUCCAGGACUCAAAAGAGUUUCACGAGCUGCAAACUGGAUCACCGGUUAUGUGCCAUCAACUGCUGGACUCUCGUCAGUGGCAAUGUGCCCGGGCUAUAGAGCCAUGCGGUUACUUCCCCUACGAGACUCUUUCUGUCUCCCUGACGGAGACUUCCGUCUACACGCCAGAACUUGACACGUGGGCAUGAUUCAGGGUGAUGGUCGGAUGCCUUAUGACCGCCAGAUCUAUAACAUGUGAUUUCUCUCAGCUUUGCACGUUUAUUUGUUCACUACAUGAAUAAUUCCAGUACAGGAAUGAGGUGGAUUUUUUUGUUGUUGUUGUUGAACACUUGAAUUUCACCUGGGAUGGUGUGAUGUCAAUGGUCACCUGAUUUCGCUCCACUGUUAUAGCAGCUUAAUGUCUUGGACAUAAACAUUAACAUUCCAUCAUAUUGUCUUAAUUUGAUGUCUUCUUCAUAUGGUGUGCUACACCUAUGCUUUCUAAUAUUGCUAGUAACAAUUAAAAAAUAAAUACUGCACUACCAUAAACGCAUACGUAAUAGGAAUCAUGUAACAAAUGUAUACUCAACAGAAUUAAUUAUGGGUCAGAAUGUUACGCAUUUUUGAAAAUACGAAAUCCCCACAGCGUGCAAGAUUUCUACGUGCAUUGCUCACAAAAUUUACUCAAACAAUAUUAACAAAUCAUCUGAUCAAAAUUCGCUAACACUUGCAAAAACUGAGCAAAACGUCAAUUAGCCAUUAAUUCAUUUUGUUGAGUAUACAUUUGAUUUGGGUUAUCCAUCAAAUUAAUAAAUCAGAAGUGCAACAGAAAUAAAGUAGAUUAUUAAUAUGCACACAAAUGCAAUUUGUUAAUGUUUUAUUUCGAAUUAACUUUCAACACCUUUAUCAUUUGUAUAACUGUAUACUUCAAAUAGAGCAUAACAUACUGGAAAAUGAUCUAUUAAUACCGGUAGAUACUCCCAUGUAGCGCUGUAUAAAUUAAACGCCUAGUCGAUGAAGUAUACUUACCUUAUUUUAGUGUUGUUUUGUUCUCUUCUUUAGUCUGUUGACAACUGACGGCAUUUAACAUUAGUAUGUAGGUUCUUUCUCAGAAUUGUACAUCUUGGUGAGAAAAUAGUAUUUAGUAAACACUGUUUUCAAAACCAGUAACCCCCUCUUGGCAUUAUCAUGGUUGCGGGUCAAAUAAAGUUUAGUCCCAGUCCAAAAAACAUACCGGAUUACAUAAUUAUCUUUAUUUACAAUAUCAUUUAAUUAUCGUAGACCUAGUGGUGAUGUCCCUAUGAAAAAGGUUUUUGGUUUUCGUCUCUGCCUGCUGGAAAUGCAUUGCUCUUUAAAAAAAAAAAAUUAAAAAUAAUUACCACAACAAUAGUCCACCCCUAGGUCCCCUCCUUUAUUCCAUUGCGUUGCCAUUGGUGGAAGCUUCGCUGCUGGUAGAAGCAGCACAUCCCUCAAAAAAGGGGGACAAAAAGAAGUAAUACUUUUUUUAAUCCACAACAAAAACACUUCCCAUUAUCCUAAAGUACUAUCAGUGUAAUGUGACCAGUAUUGCACAUUUUAGAAGCUGCCAUUGAGUAACACAGUCAUAGUUUUCAGAACAACACUGAUAUUGAUGAAAUAAAAGGUAAAUUACGGAGGCCAAGUGAUGGCCAACUUAAAAAUUAUGGAGAUUAACUCGAUACUUAUUUGGUUCCACAUAUAUUUUAUUUGCAAUCAUAUAAUCUUAUGUCUUCAAGAGCUAGAAUAAUCCCACAUUUAAUAUUAGAAACGAAAGAGAAAGUACUGUUCAGUUUGAAAUCAGCGUUACACCAAAUGUAAACAAAGGCGUGUACAUUUUCAAAGAGAUUUCUGAUUCUCUGAGAAAAUUAUAAACAUUUUAAGCUACAUUCUAUUAGAAUAUUACUGAAGGUAGUUCAUAUGAAGAAGUUAAAAAAGUUUAAAAAAAACAAAACAGAAGGGCAAGCACGUCAAAAAUGCAUCACUUUUUCAUUAUUGGGAACUUUACCUCCAUGAGCGGUGACUCACGUGAAUUGCGUAGAAAUGGGCAUAGAUCGGUGAUGGUAAAAUCCCAACUCCAAAUUAAUUCUGGGCUUGGCUAUCACUGUACUGAAAGUUGUCCAACCUAUACCUUGUCUUUAUGCGGCUGCCCCACGUGGACGACGGGAAGUGGGUAUAGGUCAGUCAUAGUUUAAAAGAAAUGACACAAAAGCAUCUCUCGAAUCUGCUAUCACUGUACAGAAAGUAUUGAUGUCAUUAUGAAUUACUAUGGGAUCCUCUGUUCGUAGGUAAAUAAAUGUAGGAAAGGUAGGAAGUAUCAGUGAGGCUGUAUGUACAGAUGCAACUCUUAAUGACUGCACUUUCUCUUUGUUGAUUCCUUAUUAACCGAAAAUACUGUUACAUUUGGCACAAAUAAAAGUCAGAAACAUC